AUGGCAACCUCAACAGAUCCAACUCAUCAUGAGAUGGACCAUCAUAUGGAGGCGGUGCGAUCCAAUCGCUGUAUUGGAUCCGCCGUGGUUGAAAAUAGGGAGAAGGAAAGCACACCAUGGUGUCAGGAACUACGGAAUUUCUGCCGACGCUAUUUCUUGGAAGGACAACUUCUAGAUCAACGAGCAACACUGGCCACACAAGGUGACAAGCACACAUUCUGGCUGAAGCAUCGCAAAACGUUGGCAAUUGGCUUUCCUGCUUUGAUUGUACAUGCAGUUUGGUGGUCCGUGAUGAUCAGCAACAACUACUUCUACUUGUUUGUCGAACCUUCCGGUUCGCUCGCCAAGCCACGGUAUCUCAUGUCCAUCACAAUGAUUUUUGGAAGUCUAGUUGCAGGAGCCACUUCAGAAGGUGGUGGAGCUGUUGCGUUUCCUGUGAUGACGCUAGCGCUGGGGAUCGCGCCUCCUGUCGCCCGUGACUUUGCGUUCAUGAUACAAAGUGUUGGCAUGGUCGCAUCCUCGUUUACCAUCCUGGUUAUGAGAAUCCAAGUUGAGUGGAAGGCUAUUCUCUAUGUGACUUUGGGUGGCAUUGUAGGAAUCAUCCUUGGAUUGGAAGAAGUGGCGCCAAGGCUCACUCCACCUUACUCAAAAAUGUACUUUGUUGUCAUCUGGAGUUCCUUUGCUAUUGGUCUGUUCUUAUUGAAUAGAAACCACCACCGCGAAGUACACGACCAAAUCAAAAACUGGGAGGAUGGAGUGCUCUGGCGGCCACCCGCAAGCUCCAUCUUGCGCCCCUACUUGAGUUUGAGUUGGAAACGAGAGAGCCUUGUUUGCUUUGGCAUACUGGGGGGAAUCUUCUCAUCCAUGGCUGGGUCCGGGAUUGACAUUUGUUCCUUUGCAGCUUUGACCUUGCUCUUCCGAGUUAGCGAGAAGGUAGCCACACCUACAUCCGUUGUCCUCAUGGCAAUCAAUACCACCAUUGGCUUUGCUUACCGACAGUUCGGCAUGGGCGGAGUGGAAGAGGAAGCAUGGGGCUUCUUUGCUGUGUGUGUUCCUAUCGUGGUUAUUGGAGCUCCAGUGGGUGCUUUCCUGGGUUCCUAUGCACACCGGCUCACACUUGCAGCCGUCAUUUAUAUUAUUGAUGCGGCCCAACUUAUUGGUGCUUUGGUGGUCAUUCAACCAUGGUCUAAUUUUCACCUGUCAGUGACAUCAUUGGUUCUUUUUGUAAGUGGCCUAACCUUCUUUUGGCUGCUGUCAUGGCUCGGAUUGAAGAUGUUGCAGCUUCCUUCUAAGAAGGUGCGAGGUAGUUCGCAAGAGAUCUCUCAAACAAGUAUCAAUGUGGAUGACCUUGGUGGUCCCUCCAAUUGCGUGGACGGCCCAGAAAACCUACUAAUAGAAGCCUAG